CGACGUUUAAUUUUUUCUGCGAUGCCGGUAAUAAUUUAAAGCCAAUUACUAAGUAGUUCGUAUCAAUGUCAGAAUCUCUUACUACAGGAAAUGUAUAAUUAGAAGGCGUCGUCUGUAAAUAAGGAAAUAGUUUCUUAUCGUAAUCAGCGAUGGCAUAAUUACCGAGUCUUGGCAACUUCAACAGUGGUUGACCAGAAAUUUAAAAAAGAAAAAAAAAUCCCUUCAACUUUAUUUGUCUUAGUCAUAGUUUUAUGAGCUCAAAAUGUCUUUGACUCGUGUUAUUAUUUUUUUUACUCUAUUUAUAUUAAGCUGCUGUAGUAAACAUUCUAAAAAAGCUAACGUACCCGAUUAUGAUAAACUGCAAACAAUAGAUAAACCAUUUAGAAUUCAAAAAAUAAAUUUAAUGUGGGAAAAAGCCUCCAAAAAAUUACCUCCUGAGAAGCUAAAAUCUUUAUACACUGAUCUCAAAUUUCAAGAUAAAGAAGAAUUAGCUUGGAAGAAACAAAAAAGUGAAGGCUUAGAUAAGAGCGGAUUAAAAGAGAGCUUAAUUGUUAAAAGCUUCUCUGCUAUUUUAGAAAAAUAUAAUCUGCAGGAUGACUUCAAAGUUCUACAGGAUGCAGCUUUGAUUUCCAAACCUGUUGUUGAAGAAAUGUCUAAUGGAGUCUAUUAUAAAAAUGUCUUUAGAGAUAAGAAACUGAAUAAGCUGUGGUUGAAAGCUGAAAAACAAGGUUUUGCAUCGGAAGAAUUGAAAACUUUAAAAGAAGAAUUUCAGCAUCAUCAAGAUAAGAUAGAUCAAUAUUAUCAACUUCUUAAUCAGCUCCAUACUAAAUCUUCUGAUGAAAAUCAUGGGAAUGCAGUAGAGCAUGUUCUGCAUGCAGAAGUGAGUGAAAAAGUGUGGAAAACUGAUAACCCUCAUCAGGUAUUAAAAGACAAGCACAUUGAACUCAAAGUAGGCUAUGAUUUCCUAAACACACGAAUAAUGCCCGAUAUAAGGAAAACAGAAUUUGAAGAGCCUCAAGUGAAUAGUUUAUGGGAGAUGGCAAAAAAUGCUAGCUUCUCUCAGCAAGAACUUGAAAGUUUAAAGAAAGAACUACAUCAUUUUGAACAUAGAAUAAAAAAACUGAAGACACUAACAGCUCUUGAACUCGACGAUGAUAAUGAUGUUGUGGAAAUUGCAGCCAAGAGAAAAAAGAAGUUAAAAGAUUAUGGCUACAAAGUUGAAAAGAUCCAAAAGGACCUGACCGGCCGUAUUCUUCAGAAGCAUUCAGAACUUUGAAAAUGCAACAAAUAAAUCCAUAUACUUAUUGUUACCAGUACUUUUAUACCAUAAAUUUGUUUUAAUGAGCUUCUUGCAUUUUUCGUGUGUAAAUAUAUUUUUUUGUACUGAAUGUUUUUAAUCGUCGAGUGAACCUAAUGAUAUCAUAAUAAGUAAACAGCAUUGAAUCAGAAUGUUCAAAUGAAUCUCAUUUAUUUUGCUUUCAUGGAUAUUAACUCUUAUGUAUUUUAAAAAUAUCUGUUUUUAAUAUUUCAUAUUGCUUUAUGAAAACAUUAUACAUAGUUCUCAAUUCCAGAAUAUUCUAAUAAAGUUCAUUGUUAUUUU